AUGGCAUUCGAGAAUCCUCCGACGAGUGCGUCGGAGUUGACGUCGCUUCCAGCCAUGGGCUGGAUACGCUUCGCGAAGGACCUGUUUGAUGGACGCAUCGAACAGAUAUGCAUCCCUUCAGAGAUUGAAAGGAUGGAGAGCGAAGCGGAGGAGUUGAGAGAACUCCACGCUGCGAACACCACUGAGAGUAAGGAGGACACUCUCAGUGCAAAGACGAAGAAGCAGUGCUUCGACGAGCGGGAGCUGGGACUCACUGAAGUCGAAUCCCUUCUACGAUUUUCUGCUGGAGCACAAGGACGUGCUCCCGGAAGCGAUUCCUGCGGAACUUCCGCAGGACAAGGGAAUACAGCACGAGAUUGA